UCCAUCUAUGGACAAGCCAUUCUUUGUAAGUGCCCCAGGCAAAGUCAUUCUCUUUGGCGAACACUCUGCCGUGUACGGUAAGCCCGCCAUAGCCGCUGCCUUGAGCUUGAGAACUUAUCUUCUUGUGACUCCCAACCAGGACCCCGAGUCUAUACGAUUGGACUUCCCAGACAUCCAGUUAUCUCACUCAUGGAAAAAAUCCGAAUUACCGUUCGAGCAGUCCAAGCCGUUCAUCCAGUACGAGGAAGGAUUGCCCAAGGUUUCCACCGAACUCAUUCCUGAAAUCGUUGACAAACUAAGUAUUUUAUUGGCGGAUAUGAAUAACACUUUCCACUACAAAGCGUGUAUUUCGUUUUUGUACCUAUACUUACACCUCUGUGGAGCAGAUGUUGCUGGUGUGACCAUGACCGUGCGGUCCACUGUUCCAAUUGGUGCCGGGUUAGGAUCAUCUGCGUGUGUGUCGGUGUGUCUUGCCGCUGCUUUAUCGAUGAUAGGUGGCCACAUCACCAAACCUCCGUUCGGACUCAGGGAAAAGGCCGAUGCCACCGACGUUAAGGAGUUGGACUUUAUUGACCAGUGGUCAUUCAUCGGCGAGAAGAUGUUCCACGGGAAUCCGUCAGGAAUUGACAACGCGGUGGCCACCCACGGCGGAGCAGUGAUGUUCCAGAGAAUGACAAACCCAUCCCAGCCGUCGGUCAGAACCACCAUGCGCAACUUCCCACCCUUGAAGAUGUUGCUCACCAACACCAAGGUUCCGCGGAGUACGGCCCACUUGGUGAGUGACGUGUCGAGGAUCAACAGCGAGUACUCCAAGAUCUGUGAGCCCAUUUUGGAUGCGAUGGGAAGCAUUUCCACGACUGCGUACCAGUUGAUGAUCGAGCCCAACUUCGAUGAGCUCCACAAACAGAAGCUCCGGCAGUUGGCCAGUGUCAACCACGGGUUGUUGGUGGCCUUGGGAGUGUCGCACCCUGCUUUGGAACAGGUGAAGAUGAUCGCAGACAUCGAACAAAUCGGCGUCACCAAGUUGACCGGGGCCGGAGGAGGAGGGUGUGCCAUCACGUUGGUAGAUGAUAGCGUUGCUGAAGAAAAGAUCCAACAGGUGAUCUCGCAGUACACGGCCAAGGGGUUCGAAUGCUAUGAAACGUCCUUGGGUGGAAAAGGUGUAGGUGCUCUAUUCAUGGACGAUUGCAACCACGCGGUUUUUGCAGCCGACGCAUUUGCUAAAUUUGGCACCAGAGCAGACAUAGAGCAGGCAUUACAUUUCGACGUGGUGGGAGACUGGAAGUUCUGGUGAAUGUAACAGUUAAAAUAUACAAGAAGAACCUAAUUAAUCUAUUAGAAUCUAAAUACCUCUGUUGAACUGUAAGGUCUCAACGGGCACUCCAUUGGCCAGCUUCAAGUUGUGGAACUCGGGCUCGAGUUUUGAUACCGCCAUAGUUCUUCUUUGUGGGAACACCGCCAACGCAAAUGGUAAAGCCACCAAAGAGGUGGAGAAGAUCAACCCGAUGUUGGUCAAGAUUUCCACUGCUUUUGAUUUACCCUUUAAAAACCGGGUUUUUUGUAACAGGGCCAAAACUAACGGGGGGAUCACCAUUACAGGUGUAGCGUUGAUGACUCUACUGGCUGCUGUUUCUCCUACCGCGUACAAGGCAGCGGUUUUGGAGGUUCCUACCUCUUUUCCUUCAUUAUCAAACACACUGAUUCCUUUCUUGAUCUCCUCACUUCUCAUCAAGAACACGUUCACAAUACCGGCAGAAACCACUGCUGCAAAUGGUACCAAUCUCCCCAUGAUCAUCCGGGUGUUUGGUUGUAAAGACUUCAAUUUGGGCACCAACGAGUUCAAUCCCAACGCAACCGAACAAGACGCCGAUACCGCCAACCCAUAGUUGGUGAUAAUCUGCUUGGUGGUCAUGGGAUGCGAUUUGUUGGCGUUGGCGGUAUUUAUGGCAACAUUCAACGACUGGUUGGCGAUUUGCCAGAAAAGAGUUCCAGCCGUGCCUAAGUUAGGAGUUAACAUUCCGGCCGUAACCACCAAGUUGGACAAUACACACGAGCUCAUUCUGAACGGCAACAUCACGGUGUCACCGGUAUCGGGGUGAACUGCCGAGUCCAAUACCUUUUUGGCUCUCCACAACUCAGGAGUCAUUUCGGGUCUGACACCGUUCCUGUAUUCCCAAAUCAUGAGUUUGGCCCUUUUGAUAUCGCUUGACGUGUUGAGCAACAUCGUGGGAUCAGAAAUCUCUGCACAGUGCUUGACCCUACCCCAGUAACUGGACAAGUCAUAUCUGGAGUCGGGCAACGGCACGGGUCCGGUAACUGAAGAUGCCAUUAUGGUUGAUU